CAUGGCUUCCAUUUCAUGUACUGGUGCUCCUACUCACUCAUGCUUCACCUUCAACUCCUUCAGUUCUUCAGCUUCUGCAGUCAAACUCAACACCCAGUUUCUGGGUACCCGGAAAAGACUGGGUUUGGUCAGACCCUUGGGCCUGGGACCCUCCAAUGGCUCCAGAGCCAAGUGCUGGUUCAAGUUCGGUAAAAACGGUAUUGAUGCUGAGGGUGCUGGAAUCUACGGAAGCCAAUCGCGUGAUGAUUUUGAUAAAGAUGAUGUUGAGCAGAUGGGAGUGGCGAAGCGAGUUCUGAGGGCAGGAACUGGUCCCAAACCAGUAGCAGGUCAGAAGGUCACCGUUCAUUGCACCGGUUAUGGAAAAUAUGGUGAUUUGAAUCAGAAGUUUUGGAGCACCAAGGACCUGGGGCAGCAGCCUUUCACUUUCAAAAUUGGGCAAGGUUCUGUCAUAAAAGGAUGGGAUGAAGGUGUCCUUGGAAUGCAAGUUGGAGAAAUUGCGCGUCUAUGGUGCUCUCCUGAUUAUGCAUAUGGAGCUAGUGGAUUUCCGGCCUGGGGCAUACAACCUAAUUCUGUUUUGGUUUUUGAGAUUGAACUAGUAGGAGUUGGUAUAUUAGCAAAUCUAUAUGAUAUGCUAAGUAAUUUGCUUCGCCUCGGGAAUAUACAACUCUGAUGAAAAUGUUGUUUUGGUGAGUAUAUUAUUUUCAGCAUUCAGGUACUCUAUCAGCUUAUGGGUCGGUUAAAUCACUAUGCUUUUAUAUAAGCUUAUGGAUCAGCUUCUGAAAUAAUUUCUUUCCAAGUUUUUGCAUGUCUGAAUAUUUGAAGUAUCGGUUCUGAUAGGGUGCCAAUUGAUUGUGCACCAUCUAGGAACGUAAUUGACAAAUAAUUUACUCUAUAGAGACACGGCAUACAGCGAACAAAAGUCCAUGCUGGAACUUAUUGAAGUGCAGAUUAUGUUUUUUCCUCUUCUGGGUUUUAUAAAGGCACGAGGUGAUCGAGGCUCCAAUAUUUCAUUUUUUGAACCUGGUGAAUAAAACUUUCAAGAAUGAAAGCUGAUUAUUGGCUCUAUGAUUAGUUUGGUGUGUCCGGGAAAUAUGCUUAUAUAUGUAUGACUAAAAGGUUAUAGAAACAGAUACAUUUAGUAGUCCUCUGUGUGGUUUCAUAUAAGCAUCUAUUGAAAGCAGAAACGUAACUCUUUUUCAGAAGGUUUAAUGUACUUAGAAUUGUGUUCCUUAUGAUAUGAAUCAUACCUACAAUCGGAUAUGAAUCAUACUUACACUCCUUAAAAUCACUCCCCAUAUGCUUUUGAGGAUCAUGAUUUGUUGCAUUUAUG